AAAAGAAAGGAAAAAGGGAGGGACUGAGGGAAAAGAAUAGAGGGAGAAGAGUUUUCAUAUUCGUGGGAGAAGCUGUGUCAGUUAAUGGACUGGGAGUCUCAGAACUUGUUCCUUGACUAAAAGAAACAUUUGAAAUCAGCUCUUCACAAUUGCUGUGCUUUCUGGGGAAGAUACAGUGGUGUCAUCAAUUGUAGAUUCACAGAUGGCUGCACUGCGCAAAGAUGGGAGCAGAAAUGACAAUGGAUUUAUAUUGAUAGUUUGUGAUCAAUAAGGACAAUAUCAGAGGGGUGACAUUUAAGGGACGUAAAGCCAGGCCUGAGUGCAUAUAUGACUGUAUAUUAACGUCAUGGCAUCUCCACAGUCUCUUAACCCUCCUGAAAAAGAGUCCAUGGUCACUGCUGUGACUCAGAAGGCCCAGGAGGAGGAAGAAGAGGAUGAUGAAGAUGAGGAAACUGGCGAGAAGUUUGAGUUUGAUGACAGCGAAGACGAGCAGAAUACAGUGGAGAACUCUGUUGAGACUAAAGAGUCAGGAACUCCUCAUGAGGAAGCUGAGCAUUCAGAGAAUACUAAUGGUAGCACUGCCACAAAUGCACUUUAUUGUCAAGCUGUGAAACAUGUCGCACACCAUAAUCAGCAGGCAGUAAACGGAGGGACCCCUGCUGGUCUGGAGGACCAAAAUAUCCCCACACAUCCUCGCACAACAUACCCAGAGAUGGUGGCCAGACAAUCUCCUGAUGGGAGUUCCAUCUCGGCCGAGCCUCAAGUAGCAGAUGAACAAGCAAGCUUUUGGAAAAGAAAUAACAUUUAUGAAGGGAAAGCCGUUCCUGAAUCGGAUGAAAAUUUACCCUCUGAACAACUGCAGGAGAACUCCGCUCCUCCUGCUCGCUCGGAGGUCAUCUACGAUGAUGUGCCUUGUGAAAACAUCAUGCCACCAGAUGCAGAGGAUGAUGUGAUCUAUGAGGAGGUGCAGAGGUCUGGCGAGCCCGGGCUGAUAGACAACGGCUGGGGCUCCAGUGAGUUUGAGAGUUACGAUGAGCAGUCAGACAGCGAGACCAAGCAGCCCACUCGCAAUAAGAUUUCCCCAGAUGUACGACGUCUGAAGCAACGCUGCGUGCAGACCAGGCGUGAGCUAGCCAUGCGGUUAGGGGCUCGAGAUGUCGGCCAAUUCAAACAUAGCUAUGACAUUAAGGUUCAACAGCUCAUGAAAGCAGCUAGGAAUGGCACGAAAGAUGGACUGGAAAAGACCAAAAUAGCCAUGAUGCGCAAAGUGUCCUUCCUGAGUAAAAAAGACUGCACAGAUGACAUAGAGGAAGAUUCUGGAUAUCUGGAUGUGACUGUAUCUGAACUCAAACAUCCACCACCUCAACUUUCUCCAAUGCCAGAAGGGCUCAGUAGCCAACAGGUUGUCAGGCGUCAUAUUCUUGGCUCUAUCAUUCAGAGUGAAAGAAGCUACUUAGACUCACUCAAGAGGAUCCUGCUGGAAUAUAAGAAGCCUUUGAUGGAGGCGGAGCCACGGAUCCUGAGCUUGAAGAAGAUCCAGCCUGUUUUUUAUAGGCUGAAGGAGAUCCUGCAGUGUCACUCCAUGUUUCAGAUUGCUCUGGCCUCCCGUGUAGCAGAAUGGGAUAAUACUGAGAAAAUCGGAGACCUUUUUGUUGCUUCAUUUUCCAAGUCAAUGGUGCUAGAUGUGUACAGCGACUAUGUCAACAACUUCACCAAUGCUAUGGGUCUUAUCAAGAAAGCUUGUAUGUCCAAGCCAGCAUUCCUGGAGUUUCUCAAGAAAAAGCAGGCUGCCAGUACAGACAGAAUCACUCUUUAUGGCCUCAUGGUCAAACCAAUUCAGCGCUUUCCUCAGUUCAUACUCCUACUGCAGGACAUGCUGAAAAACACCCCUGUGGGGCAUCAGGAUAGGCUGCCGCUGCAGCUGGCCCUCACUGAGCUCGAGACUCUCGCCGAGAAGCUGAACGAGCAGAAACGGCUGGCCGAGCAGCUCGCUGAAAUCCAACAGCUCACUCGUAGCGUCAGUGACCGUAACCUCAGUAAGCAACUGAACUCGGAUCAGAAGCAGUUGAUUCUGUCUGAGACACUGAUUGAGACCGUCUAUGGCGAGAAGGGUCAAGUCCUCAAGUCUAAGGAGCGCAAAGUCUUCCUCCUGAAUGACAUGCUCAUCUGUGCAAACAUCAAUGUGAAGGGCCCUCCAGAUAUCAGCAGCCUAGUCCCUAUCGGUCCAAAAUACGCAGUUAAGUGGAGUGCCCCACUGCUGCAAGUGCAAGUGGUGGAGGUGGGCCAGGAGACCCCCCAGCGUAAAGACAGCAUCUACCAGCAGAGUGGAAGCAAGCGCCUGAGCUCCACCAACUCUCAAGGAAAGCUGUUUCUGGGACCACCACGGCUGUAUCAGGAUCUGCAGGAGUUACAGCAUGAUCUUUCUGUGGUGGAGGAAGUCACAUUGUUGGUGGGCACCCUGCAGGGAUCGUACCAGAAUCUCAACACUACGGUGGGGCAGGACUGGUGCAUGGCUCUUCAGAGGCUCAUCCGCAUCAAAGAGGAUGAGAUCCAGUGUGCCAACAAGUGUCGUCUACGGCUGAUGGUUCCUGGGAAGCCUGACAAGUCUGGCCGUCCAGUCAGUUUCACAGUGGUCUUCAGUACGCCCAGUCCAAUUAGCAAAAUCUCCUGGGUCAAUCGCCUGCAUCUGGCCAAAAUUGCCCUGAGAGAUGAAAACUUGCCUGGCUGGGUGUGUGUAGAGGACGAUGAAAAGACUAAGCCUCCAUUCUGGUGCCCGUUACUGGCCUGCCAAUUGGCUGUGUUUACCCCAAAAAUGCAAGAUCUGAAGUUGCAGGCUGCCCUGUAUAACCCGGUCCACUGUUCUCUUCUUGGUUUUUCUGCCGCUAGCACAUCCUUGCCUCAGGGCUACCUCUGGGUGGCUAGUGGGGGUGACGACUCCCAUGGGCAGGUGGAGAUUUUCUCCCUUAACAGACCCACGCCACGCUCCGUUAAGAGUUUCUCUCUAGCUUCCCCAGUGCUUUGUCUGGAGUACAUCACAGAGCCCAGCACUGAUGAAGAACUGGAAACACAAACCUCUGAAGUUCUUUCCAAGAUCGGCAACACCAUCUGUGUAGGAUUAUUGGAUGGCAACAUCCUGGUUUAUGGAAGCGUGGACACUGCUGCUCAGUGUCUGCUAACAUUUUGUAACCCCGAGGGCUGCCCAGUUCUGUGCCUAAAACACUCUGCCAACUUUCUCUUCGCUGGACUAAGUAAUGGAAAAGUCGCAGUUUAUAACCGAAAGAGUGGAGAGGGGUUUUGGGAUCCAGAUUCCUGCAGACAUGUGGUUAUUGGAUGUGCGCCUGUCCUCAAACUCCUCCAAAUAGACGAGUGUGUGUGGGCCAGCUGUGCCAACCAGGUCUCUGUGAUUGAAGGCUCCUCUCUCAGGACUCAGAGUUUCGAAGUUCAUCCAGACCCCAUGGUUAGUGUGACGCACAUGGUGCGUGCUGGAGGAGGGGUGUGGAUGGCGUUUUCAGAGGGAUCAUCCCUACGUCUGUUUCACACAGAAACAUUGGAACACCUCCAAGAGAUCAACAUUUCAACACCCUCUGCAUAUCUGAGCCGUGGUCAAAAAUCUGUGUGUGUAACCAGCCUGCUUAUCUGCCAAGGACUGCUAUGGGUGGGCACAGCUCAGGGCAUUAUUGUCACCCUGCCAGUGCCCAGACUGGAGGGCAUUCCCAAAAUAACAGGCAAAGGGAUGACGUCACUUAACGCUCACAACGGCCCUGUUGAAUUCUUGGUUGCCACCUCCAGCAUUUUAUCCCAAGAUUUUCUGAAGCGGGAUUCUACCACGGAGGGUGUGGAUUCAAGUGGUGGAGGUGAAGAUAAGAAGGUGAGAAAUUCCUCUCAGGAGUCCCUCCAGCAGGCGGAUGGCUCUCCUCAGGCCAAAGCUAAAGGAGUGCUACUGCAGUACCACCUCCGUUCUACCUCUCAGCUCCCAGGAAAGCUCCUGACGGCCCGGCCCGAAGAAUCAUCCGACUCGACCCAGGACUCUCUGGAGCACACCCUAGAGGACGGUUCUAUCUAUGAGCUAAGUGAUGAUCCCGAGGUUUGGGUCAGAGGGCCUGGGCCAUCAUCAAAGGAAGCGGCACGUAGGGAGAAAGUGACUUCAGCUGCCGUUAUAUCCGGUGGAAAAGGGUUCCGUCGACUCGCUAAAUCCUCCAACUCCCCUGACUCCAGUGAGAACACGCUCAUGGUCUGGCAGCUGCCCAUUACAGUUUGAGGCAGUGAUGAAUUCUUCUUCCUUUGGCUUUCAUCAGGAGUUUUUGCAGUGAUGGAGGAUUGUUGGAUCAUUGAAGGACAAACAGACUGUAUGGCUUAUGACAGGGGUGGCGAACGUCGGUCCUGGAGAGCCGCAGCCCUGCAGAGUUUUGCUUCAACCCUAA